AUGCGCGACUACUUCGGCGAAAACCCAAAGUUUGGGGAGCGUUGGUUUCACCAUCGCUACCGUAUGAGCCAACGUUUGUUUUUGAAGAUUGUUGCCGACAUUGAAGCUACUUUCCCGUAUUUUCGAGAUGGAGUAGACGCGAGGGGAAGAAAGAGUUUCUCGCCAAUUGAAAAAUGCACGUCAGCAAUUAAACUACUUUCAACGGGUGAACCGGCAGACAACUAUGAUGAUUAUCUAUGUAUGGCCGAAAGAACAAGCCGGGAAGCUCUCAAGUAUUUUUGUGACGCGGUUAUUCAUUUGUACAAGCGGGGGUAUUUGCGCAAGCCGACAUCCCACGAUGUCGCCUUGUUGUACAAUGCGCAUGAGGCGUGA